GUUUUGUGAAACACAUCAACUUCUUUAGGACCGUCUGGCAGGGUGCCGGAUGAGGAGUGUGGCACCAUGAAGGCAGCUUACUUGACCUUUUGGCUUCUCCUUCACCUAGGAGAUGCCGCGCGCGAUGUGCUGAACACUCGAAGGGUACUUAAGACCUGGCCCUCGUCCUUGCUGCAAAAGGAGGAGCACCGAACGAUCAACAAGGCCACCACCUACCUCUCCGAGAUGAAGGUGGGCCAACGCUUCCGGGUGGAGACGGACUUGGGAGGAUGGGAAUUCGCGACGUUAAGGAGCAUCCAUCCCAAAUACCUCCUCCAAUUCGACGAUGGCGAGACCAUGCUGGUGCCCGAGCCGCGUCGUGUGCCCAUCCGCCCCAGUCGGCACCUGGCUGCUGCGCAUGCCAUGCAUGCCUCAUCGCUGGCGGAGUCGAGGACACGACGCGAACGAAACGCCUCCCAGGCAGAACAGGAGCAGCUGCAACGCGAGGAGGACGGACUGGUACAGAGUCAGAUCCAGCAGUUGGACAAGGCAGAUGCCACGGAAGAGAGUCCCAACAGUGAGACUUCGGAGGAGACUGAUAAGGGCAGCAACGGUGAGGAGGAGGGCCUACCGCUGGCCAGUGUGAUUCCACAGAUCCCACAGGCAGAUGACAAUGCCUUUGAGACCGGCUCGGGUUUCGACAAGGAUGACAAGUCGCCGACCAGCAGCGAGUCGCCGACCAGCAGUGACCAGGCACCAACUGAGAAACCGCUUGAGACCGGCGAGGAAACGAAUGACAAAAGUUUCGAGACCAGCUCCGGCUUUGAUGAUAAGGAUGAGGCAAGUGGCACCACGGAGCCAAGCACAGAACCUGAAGACAAUCAACUGGAAUGGCUGAAGCAUGCGACUGGCAACCAAUGGAGAGUCGGGAAGGACGAAGACAAUGAGCAACAGAAGCCCUCACAGCCAAGGGCCGUGUCUCAGGGUGAGGAAAAGACGCUUCAAGAGGAAGACAAUGAACAACAGCAGCCCUCAGAGCCAAAAGUGUCUCAGGAAAAGACGCGUCAGGAGGAAGACAAUGAGCAAGAGAAGCCCUCAGAGCCAAAGGGUGAGGAAAAGACGCUUCAAGAGGAAGACAAUGAGGAACAGCAGCCCUCAGAGCCAAAAGUGUCUCAGGAGGAAGACAAUGAGCAAGAGAAGCCCUCAGAGCCAAAGGGUGAGGAAAAGACGCUUCAAGAGGAAGACAAUGAAGAACAGCAGCCCUCAGAGCCAAAAGAGAAGACGCGUCAGGAGGAAGACAAUGAGCAAGAGAAGCCCUCAGAGCCAAAGGGUGAGGAAAAGACGCUUCAAGAGGAAGACAAUGAAGAACAGCAGCCCUCAGAGCCAAAAGAGGAAGACAAUGAGCAAGAGAAACCCUCAGAGCCAAAGGGUGAGGAAAAGACGCUUCAAGAGGAAGACAAUGAAGAACAGCAGCCCUCAGAGCCAAAAGAGGAAGACAAUGAGCAAGAGAAGCCCUCAGAGCCAAAGGGUGAGGAAAAGACGCUUCAAGAGGAAGACAAUGAAGAACAGCAGCCCUCAGAGCCAAAAGAGGAAGACAAUGAGCAAGAGAAGCCCUCAGAGCCAAAGGGUGAGGAAAAGACGAUUCAAGAGGAAGACAAUGAAGAACAGCAGCCCUCAGAGCCAAAAGAGGAAGACAAUGAGCAAGAGAAGCCCUCAGAGCCAAAGGGUGAGGAAAAGACGCUUCAAGAGGAAGACAAUGAAGAACAGCAGCCCUCAGAGCCAAAAGAGAAGACGCGUCAGGAGGAAGACACUGAGCAAGAGAAGCCCUCAGAGCCAAAGGGUGAGGAAAAGACGCUUCAAGAGGAAGACAAUGAAGAACAGCAGCCCUCAGAGCCAAAAGAACCCACUGGGAAGCUGCCAUCGCCACCAGCGGCUCCAGGGAAACAUGGGAAACAGGAUUCAGAACUGCUUGGAGAGGUGGAAGGCGUGGCCAAAGAGGCAGAGGCGAAGCUCAAGGAGGAGUUGCAUGGAGAUUAUGAGAAGGUGAACAAGGCCCGGGCCCUGAAACGUGGUGAAACCGGUGGGUGA